AUGAAGCGAAUUGCGCUUGUGCGCCCACCUCGGGGCACUCCUGGCCCCGCCGUCUCGGCGCCUGCGACCGGUGAUCGUGCGCCGGGAUCGAAUCCGAGCGUGGCUGCGUCUUUCUUUUCUUCCUCGCCGUCUCCGGUCCCAACGACAACUUCUGCCUCUCCCACUGGCCGUGCAUCAGCGGCGAAUCAGAAGCCGAAUGAUGGCGACGAAGAUCCCUCCGCCAGCUUCCUCGCGGCCCAAAUCCGGGAGAUUUUUUCUGAUUACAAUCACUAUGUUGACUACGAGUGCGACCGAGUUGUCGGUCCGGGUGCCUUUUCCACUGAUGAACGUGACGCGAGAUGGGACAAUGGCCCGUUGCCUCAAGGGGCGGCUGCGAGCAUUGCGAGCAGGGAGGAGGCGAAUGCUUCUCUGCUGCAAGAUCUUCUGAAUGUGAAGAGACAUCCACUUAGCGACUUCUAUCCGCUGCCUCUGGAAGCGAUCAAACGCAAAACGGACAAAGACGCCCUCGCGUACACUGAAAAUGAUUUCCUCGAGCAACUGGGUGCACUGUCAGACCCACCGGAGGACGGCCGCAAAGGCGCAGCCAUCCUGGAAAUCGACAGCUACACGUCGAUCGUUGAGGCCGAACGGGAACAGCCGUUCCUCAUCGGUCUUCUCCAACCCCUGCCUCAUGGUCUUGAGGUGGUCCUUUCAAUCGACAACUGGCGACUGAGGUCCAAUUGCGACGCCGACGCCACGCUACUCAAGGGUGUCUUGCCGCCUCUCUCGGCCGGUCGCCAUUUCCUCUCUGUCUGCACCCGGUCGGGGUACCCUUUGGCGCUGCUUCUUCGCUCCACACAGACAGACGAGAAGGAAAAGAGGUUCAAGGACGAGUUCAAGCGCAUCGCCCCCGUCUUCCACAUGCCACUCAUGGUUGUUCGUGCCCCGCGGAGGCGCCAGGAUCCCCAGCUCUGCUACAGCACUCUCAAACAAGGCGCGCCUCUGCCGGCCACAGGACCCUACACCGCAGCAGAUCUCGACGCACUGGUUGCGGCGUCUGGCGUGAUGAACGGCGCCGCACGCUUCGUGGUUCCGCGAUCGCAAGGAAACGGACCGGCUGUCGACCGUGACGGCCGUCUGGUUGCGCUGCCCAAGGGCGAGGACUUCACGGCGCGCCUAGCUGAGUGUCUCGAGAGUGCGACAAAGCCAAAGAACGUCCCCGUGUUUGGCGCUCCGGAGACUGUUUUGGUCGACUCAGCAUACAACUGCGACGUGCGGAUUCCUCUUCCCUUCAAGGUCUCGCUGUUCAACUCCUGCGCAGCCACGUCGCGUCUCUCGAUCGCCUGCUUCCAUUCUCGGGUCUUCGAGUUUGAGCCCUACGGCGUGCUGUCUGCGCACAUCUUCACCAAAUCUUGCUACAGCGACAUCUACACCAUUUUCGGCUUCACCCUCACGCCUGCGGAGGCUGCGCCGCACACAGCCUUGAAGCGGAACCGAGCUCGCGCGUCGUUCACGCCUGGCCUCGAUCGCUUCGAAGCGACUGAGCGGCUCUGCGCAGACACGCGAUUCUGGCGAUACGUGGACGGCUGCGUCCCGUGCAAAAACGACGUGGCAGCCAAAUUCGUGAUUGAGGAUUUCGACCGACUCGAGUGUCCCGUGCCUCCGGUUCUCCGCCACGCGAGAAACCCGUACGCGGAGUACCCCGAGGGCCUUCAAAUCGCUCCCGGCGUCGUGUUCUUCUUCGAACCGUGGCCAGACGACGUGUUGCCGGUGCCCAAGAGGUUCGCCGGAGACGCCUACUGUCCGGCGUCCGCGGCUGCUGCCAUGCAAUCUGUAGACGCGACGGUUUCCCACAAGAGCAAGCAGACUCGAGAUGCAGGCAAAGAAGAGCCGGCGGGGGCGCCGCCCAGAAAGGGCCAGCCGAAACGCGAUCCGCAGUUCUUCUCCGUUACCCUUUGCAUCGGAAAAUACAUCUUCAAUUCGGUCCUGGGCGUCGAGGCCGGAGUCCUCGAGUUCAUUGUCAACCGGUGGCUGGGCCUCGUACCCGAAAAAGGUUCGCCAAAGAAGUAG